AUGCUAUUCCCCCGCCGAGGCUCUAAAGCAGAGUCCGAUCCCUACACACCACUACCCGUUGCAACUGCAAGAGCUAGACGAGCAAGCCUGGCUCAGGAAGGUCCACCGACAAUGGCGUUCUUGAAACCUCACCAAGGACACGGACAUGAUACCCGAGCUCGCUCUGCAUCGAUGCCAGGACCACGCCCAAUAAUCACUGUAGCGACUCCGAACAAUACCAUAUCAGCGCUAUCUGUCACCAAUAGCUCUGUUUCACCGUCGCGAUUACCACGAUACCAACAAACACCUCGCCGUUUUCACCAACAAUCUAUAUCGCUCCAAAUACCCAAAUCGUCCGUCCAUAGAGUAUUACCGAUUCCGAACUCUUCAACUAUGGUCACAUUAUCUAAUGCAAAUAAUGUAACAACUCAUUCCGUCCGCAAGGGAAUGUCGGCGCCGCUGACGCGCCGGUUUCGCAAGGACGAUCCUCUCGGUGUUAUCCAACACUUGAGGAAUAUACUUGUUCCACGCUGCUUGGAGCUCGGGGAGUACCUACUUACCGAUGACCUGGUCGCCCUGCACGAUCGGGAGAUUAUGGAACGUGCUCACAGGUUGAAGCAGAUACAGAGUCGACGGGGACAACAGGGAAGGGGAGAGCCCACACUAGAUGACACGCUCAAUGUCUUCGGCGUCACGCUUAGGCAAGCAUCGCUUUAUGCCUCAACAACCGCCAUUUUUGGCGGAUAUGGCCACGAUCUCCCUAUUAUCGUGUUUUCCUGUGUAGAAGAACUGCAUCGCAAAGGUCUAUCGGUUAUCCAUCGAGUUCCCAAUCUCAUUGAACCCUCUCAUCGCCUUCGGCAGCUCGUUCAGAUAUUCGACUCUCCCAAUUCAAAUUUCGGUCUUAGCACAUCUCUCGCGGACGAGCAUCUCAAUGACAUUUACGACCUUCUGGUUACAUACCUUACCCGCCUACCUGAACCCGUCUUCGCUCCAUCAGAAAUCGUCCAUGGACUCGAGAGUGCAGUUUUCGAGUGGUGCAUUAUGCCAGAACCAGACUCGCAAAGUCCGAGCCCGAGCCCGGAUCAGAUUAAGAUAUUGCAACUUUUACUCCGUCUUUUGCCCUCGCCGCAUCUCUCGCUGUUCAUUUAUCUCAUGGCAUUCGUAUGCCAGAUAACGGCCAGAGGGAAUCUCAACGAGAUGGAAAUUAUAGGAACAACCUUUGGGAAGUGGAUGUUUAAUGGCGGUUUUUCUGGUUCUGGUGGCCAGAACAAAGCGGUUGCUAUGAUGAUAUGGUUCACUAGGAACUGGGGUACCAUCAUCAAUGGCUUCUUUGAUGACCUAUCUCCGCUGUCGGCAUCUGCUUGGAAGAGUAACAUCAGAGUGGAUACACAACCAAAGCCUAAAAAAACCUUGAAUGGCGAUGCAUCAUCUCCAUCGGCUAUAUUCACUCUUCUCAACACUUUGCCAGAUACUGGAAGGGAGGGCGAGAACGAGGUUACGCCAUCUGGCAGUGCUAUCAAGCUGGGAUUGGUUCGAGAAAAGUCAUACCAGUACCUAACGGCCAACUCUCCUGGUUCUAGCUGUGCUGCGAGCCUCAUCAAUCAUGAAAUCCUCUCAUCCACAGCGUCAAACUUGAAACAAAGCAAUCAAGUGCUCCAUCAACCAGAUGAAGACGAUGAUAUGAGCAGAUGUAGUUCCGGCUCAGCACUAAACGAACGUCUCUUGGAACACGACGGUGGUGCACAUCUUCCGUCCCUGGAGCUGCCAGAUAUCUCACCUCCGUCCACCCCGGUCGUUUUUCCAACUCCACGGCGCUUGCGCUUAUUCCCUCCCGAGUCUGUAAUACCAAAAUCGGAACUUGAUCAAACAUCCCGAUUCCGAACUCCGUCGUCCUGUUACUCUUACUCUUCUCGAGAGGCGUACAGCCCGGAAUUGAAAUUGGACGAAACCUACAAACGACCAUUGACGGUCAUUAAUCGGGGUCCCUCCAACGACUCCCUGUUAUCCACAGAAGGAGAUGGAGGCGAUGACGAACGUGUAAUAUGUAAGCCGGAGCGGUAUGGAAAUGGAAAUCGAUACGUGUUUUCCGGGUAUGCUACUUCAUCGUCAUCGGAUUCGACUUCCGAUUGCGAGGUGGAUGGUAUGCCAUAUGAUGGUUUAUCUCCAGGUCGCGCUGCGAGUCAAUUCAAAGAGCCUGUGAACCCGAAACAUCGCCGAGCUCGUGAUCACAUUUUCGAUACGGAACGCGACAUAUUCUGUCAGUGUGACGUUGAUUGUAAAGCUCAUGCGAUGGUGAAGGAUUUGCAGGAGAGGCUGGCCUUAGUGACGAGAGAGAGGGAUGAUGCAGUUAGGAGGGUUAAUCUGAUGGCCUGA